AUGCUCCACCUGCGGCCAACAGAAUGGGCGCAGGAUGGACGGGGUUUCAAGGCCACGAGGUGGACUCCGUUUUCCAAGUUGCCUUUGAAUUGUUGCUCCUUGUCUUUGCAGCCAUUCGACAAACCUGUCGCGACACGUGAUGGGUCCGUAUUCGAGAUUACCUACAUCCUGAAGUACAUCAAGCGAUAUGGCAAACAUCCGGUACAUGGGGGCAAGCUCGAAGUUAAAGAGCUUAUACCGCUGCACUUUCACAAGAACGCACAAGGCAACCUACACUGCCCUGUGACGUUCAAGGUGCUGGGCAACAACACCCCAGUGUGUGCGAACAUUGCGUCCGGACACGUCUACUGCUUAGAGGCGGUGUUGGAGCUCAACAAGAAGAACAAGAACUGGAACGAUCUGAUGACUGGGCAGCCCUUCAAGUGGACAGACAUAGUGAUGCUUCAAGACCCCGACAAGAUCGAGGGUCGGGAAGUGUCCAAGUUCUACUUCAUCGUGCACGGGCAGCAGGAUGAGGUGGUACGCGAGAUUACCAAUCCAGAGAGCAAGGCAUCCUUGCAGAAGGAUGACAAGCUUCGUCCAAAUGCCGCGGUUUCCCGCAUCUUCGAGGAGAAGGAGCGAAUAGCUGAAAAGAAGGCACAGGAGGAAGCUGAGAAAGAGGCGGCUGAUCCCGAGGCAGCUGCUGCUGCCAAAGCAGCGGCUGCUGAGGCCAAAGCCAAGGCACUGGAGUUGGAGGAGGUGCGUGUCAGAGUCGGUGGCGAUAGCAGAUGCAUGGCGCAGUGUGCCGACCCGCCUCAAUACGUUUUGGGCAACUUCAAGGACUACUAUGGGAUCCGCAAUCCAGGAGGGCAAGACCCCCGUCUCCCGUGGCUCAGUGAGACGAUUGACUGGCAAGGAAAGCGCGUGCUUGACUUGGGCUGCAACUCCGGCCAGAUCACAUGGUCUGUAGCAGCCCAAGGUGCGAAGCUUGUCUUAGGCGUCGACAUCGAUGCAUCUCUAGUCAUGGAGGCGAGGCACACGACGUCAUCACAGAUUUCGGUGGCUGGGAGGGUGCGAUUCAUCUGCCGAGAUCUUCUUCGUCUGAAGCUGCGACGGAAAUAUGAUGUCGUCUUGCUGCUGAGUACUUCCAAAUGGGUGCAUCUACAGCACGGAGACGAGGGCCUGAAGCAAGUCUUCCGUCGCUGCAGGAGGUGGCUCCAUCCAGGAGGCGUGCUGGUCCUCGAGCCACAGCCGUGGAAAGCGUACAAGAAGGUGGCUGAUGCGCAUGCGGACAUUGAGCAGACUUGGCGUGAGAUCCGAUUGAGACCAGGCGACUUCGUCGACUUCUUGACACAGGUGCUUGGAUUUGACCGAGCCUAUAGGCCGGCACUUCCGUCCAUUGCCACAGCACACGCCGUGCUUGAAGCCAAGAAAAGUGGCGCAGGCUACACUUCCAAUGAGGUCGGCGCAUCCUUCACCUCCACCGCUGCCCCUCUGAAGUCCAACAACGAGCUGCGCAAGCUCACCGAAGAGGAGGAGUUGCAGGACAUCUACGAUCAGGUCCGCAAGAAGAAGCGGAAGGGCUAUGUGAGAAUGGUCACUUCGCAUGGUUGUCUCAACCUGGAGUUGCACUGCGACAUCGCCCCACGAACCUCAGACAACUUCUUGCGUCUCUGCGAGAAGAGCUACUAUGACAACACGAUUUUCCAUCGGCUCAUCCGCAACUUCAUGCUGCAGGGGGGUGAUCCCACUGGCACGGGCCGCGGCGGUGAGAGCGGCUUCGAAGGCGGCAAGCCCUUCAAAGACGAGUUUGACUCUCGCCUGGUCCAUCAGGGACCUGGGAUUCUUAGUAUGGCCAACAAUGGGAAGAACACGAACAGGAGUCAGUUUUUCGUCUCCCUCAAGUCCUGCGAACACCUCAACAACAAGCAUUCCGUGUUUGGCCGAGUGGUGGGAGGUCUGAAGCUUUUGGAAGUCUUCAACAACUGGGAGACUGAUCCAAAGGACAAACCGGUGAAAGAGAUCCAGCUCGUUCGAAUGGAGGUCUUCAAGAAUCCCUUCAAGGAAACAAUCGAGGAAAUGAACAAGCCAAAGGUUGAAAAGGUGGUUGACCCCGUGGCCACAUGGUUCAGCAACAGAAGGGAUCCGAUGCAAGGGCACAAGAAUCGCAACUCCACCCAGGUGGGCAAGUAUUUGGAGGAGGACCUCCUACCUGGCCAGAAAAGACCGAAGGAGAUGCCAUCGGAAGAGUUGGAGUACGCGAACAUUGCCCAGAAGUCCAAGAAGGCCCGGACAGACUUCGACUUCUCGUCGUGGUGA